GCAAACAGGAAGGGGAAGUCAUAGUUCAACAAACUGGUCAUUUAAAAACAGCUAACUCAUUUGUGCACUUGUUUUAUUUAAGAGGAAGAAGCUUCAAAGUCAAAAGAUGUUCGGCGGAGACGAUGAAGAUGGAGAUUUCUUGUCUCCGUCAGGAGGGGCCAAGUUGGCCUCCCUGUUUGGACUAGACCAGGAGGCCAGUCAGGGGAAUGAGUCUUUUCAGUACACAGCACCCAAACAGCCUAAAAAGAGCUCCAAUCAAGCACCAGCAACCCAGAAACUGGCUCCAUCACCUGGAGCUCCAGCAGUGUUAUUCGCCACAGCAGUCCAAGCCUUCAGAUAUAUUAACGGACAGUAUGUGAAGCAGGGAAAGCUGGGAGCAGCCGUACUGGGCAACCACACAACAAAAGAGUACAAGCUGCUUCUGUACUUGAGCCAACAGAAACAAGUGACUGCUGCCAAGAUUCAUAUGGGUUUUGUUUUCACGGUACAACCAAACAACUACUGCACUUUCUACGAUGACCAGAGGCAGAACUGGUCCCUGAUGUUUGAAUCAGAGAAGACUUUAUCUGACUUCUGCAAACAGGUAUGUUUGGCAAAAGUGAACAGUGCAGCCUCUUUAGAAGCUGUGGUGGUUCAGGAUCUGAGUCUCGGGGAGGGCCAGGGGGUGGAGAAUGGAGACUCUCUGGAGGUGGUGUACACAGGCUGGCUCCUGCAGAACCACACCAUUGGCCAGAUGUUUGACUCCAACCAGAACAAAGAGAAGUUGUUACGACUGAAAAUUGGAGCUGGAAAAGUGAUCAAAGGCUGGGAGGAAGGCAUGCUGGGGAUGAAGAAGGCAGGCCGCCGUGUCAUCAUCAUCCCACCCAGCCUAGCUUACGGAUCCAAGGGAGUCCCCAACCGCGUCCCGGCUAACAGCACUCUCAUUUUUGAAGCAGAACUUCGGCGGGUGAAGUUUUCCAAGGACAGUGGCUCUGACCGGGCCAGUGCCAGCUCCAGAGACUCUGCUGCUCCCUCUCCUGCUCCUUCCCCAGGCCCCAGCGUGGAGAAUAUGACCCCAGAGCCCACAGCACAGACGACCGUCCAGGGCCCAGGCAGACCAGGGGAGCCACCACUUCGUGCUAAGUCAAACUCUCUCAGUGAGCAGCUGGCAAAUCCUGAUACCACUAAAGCCAAGCUGAUCUCUCGCAUGGCAAAGAUGGGCCAGCCCAUGUUACCCUUUCUGACAGGAGUGGCCAGCCAGCCUGAAUCCAGUGACUCCGAGCUUGAGGACACCAGUGGCAGUAGAGCGAUGGAUCGACCCGUAGCUUCAUCUCCAGUCCAGAUGUCCACUGCUGCUGCUCCAGCUUCAGCACACGUACAUCCUCAUCCUCACACAGCUCCGCCUUCGACCUUACUUCCUGUUAUGACCACCGUCGCCCCACAGCCUGGGCUGCCAGGCAGCAGCCAUGCCUUUCAGCCUUACUCCUACACACAGACCUCUGUGGCUCCAUCUCAGCUGCAGCCUGUCGGCCAGGUCUACCCAGCACAAAGUGUCCCAUACAUGGGCUCCAGUGAUGUGACUUCCUUCUUGAUGACCGAGGCGCGACAGCACAACACGGAAAUCCGGUUAGCAGUCGGAAAAGUAGCCGAUAAAGUGGAUCAGCUGGCCUCAAAGAUAGAUGACCUUCAGAGACAGGGGAGCCUUUCCAUGGGUGUGUCUGGGAUGUCGAUGGAAACCUCCAUGGUCGUACAUAACAUCCAAAGGAUUGUGCAGGAAAAUGAAUGUUUGAAAAAGGAGGUGUUCGAGAAAAGCUCUCGCAUUGAGGAGCAAAACCGUAAGAUCGGGGAGCUCAUCAACCAGAACCAGAGGCACAUGGAGCAGAGUAACCUGCUGAUGGAACAGAGAAACGACUCCCUGAAGUCAACCAGUGAGCAGAACCAGGCCAGACUACUACAGGCUGAGCAGGACAAGGUCCGUCUGACCGAGGAUCUGGCUUCGUCCACGGCCCGGCUUUCUCAGCUGCAGCUAGAAGCUACAGCUCACCAGCAGAAAGCUGUGGAGCUGCAGAGCAAACUGAGCUCGGUGCUGCAGGACAGUGAGAACCAGUGCCAACGCAUCGCUGCCCUGGAAACACAGCUGGAAGAGCUGAAGGAGACAGCAGAGAGGGCUCAGGUCCAGUACCGCUCAGAAAAGCAAAGGCGCAAAGACAUGGAGCUGAGAGUCAGCAACAUGGAGGAGGAACUGCAGGACCUGAAGACAGAUAAAGAAGGCCUGGAACGAACACUUUUGGAAAGGAAGAAGAAGUGGCAGGCCGAGCGCCAGCGUCGAGACGAGGAGGUGGAGGAGCUCCGCAAGAGCAGCCAGCAGGAGCUGGACAAUCUCCGAGCUCAGCUUCGCAAGGCCAGGACCAGCACUGACAAUGCUGCAUCUGAACAGUUGUCUCAGCUGCAGGCAGAGCUUGAGGAGGACUGGAAGAAGAAGUCUGAGCAGAUGUUGGCCUCUGCUAAAGAGCAGCACCGGAGAGAGCUGGCUGAACUAACAGAGCAGAGAGAUGCUCUGCAGGACAAGCUGACCCAGCUACAGGAAAAGUUAACGGUUCUGAAGCAGUCGAGAGAUUCAGAGGAGCAGAAUCUGCUGCAGCACCGCAGGCAGACGGAGGAGCUGCAGGCCCUUCAGGAGAAAUAUGCAGCCUUGGAGCAGCAGGGAACAUCUGUGAGGGAGAAGCUUGGAAGAAGAGUGGCUGAACUGGAGAAGAAACUGGCUGAGCAGGAGAGUUCAGGAGACACUGCAGCAGAGGUGAAACGCGUGAUGAACGGAGUGUUUCAUUCUCUGCGGGGGGAGUUCGACCUCGGUGAAUCUUACACUGGCCAGGCUGUGCUGGGAGUGAUUGUCAGCACCAUUAAGAAUGUAACUCUGCAGCUGCUCAGUGGCACAGACAGACCCUCUGUCCUCCCUAAGAAGGAAGAGGAAGCAGAGGAACAGGAGGAAGAAGAAAGCGAUGAUUCGAAACACAGAGAAGACAAACCUCAUCACAAUCUACAUGUGAAUGGAGAGAGACAAAUCAAAGAGGAAGAAAAGGACGAGGAAGAACCCGUGGCUGAAUCAGAUUCUCACCAAGUCAAUGAGACCCAGCUGGAUCAGGAAGGAGGAGCAGCGAAGGAGACCGAGACAGAAACUGAGUCAAAGACACAAAGUCAGGCAGAGACAUUACAGGCCCCUGAUCCCCAUCCAGUUUCUUCCUCUGAACAGACACCACAGGAGAGAGCAGCAACAGAGUCUGAGGGACAGCAGGAGCAGGGAGAGCAGUCUGUUCCUGAAACCCCUACAGAGCCAAAAGACACCGACAAGUCUGCAGAUCCAGGCGAUGGACCUGAUGAGAGUUCACCUCCUGAGGAUGGACAGGAAAGUGUCUCAGAGAGAAAUGCUGCCGUGAGCAGUGAGGUGGACAAGGAGAGCACAGACAAUGGAGAGCAUGUAGGAGACAUGAAUGCUGCUUCUGAGAAAGCCUUUGGACCCCCAGCCAACCCCCCUCCACCACCAAAUGCAGUUCAGAACAUCUCAGGACAGGACACAUGUCUAACUGGGGGAAUUGGUGAGGAAAAUGGAAAGGAGCCAUUUUUCCAGACCACAACUCCUGCAAAACCCCCUGCGUCACCCAGCGAGGAGGAAGAGGAGGAUGAGAUGAGCUUGAAGGGGCGUCCACCUCCUGCACCUCUGUUUGGUGAUGACGAUGAUGACGAUGACGAUCUAGACUGGCUGAACUGACAUGGAACCAGAUAAAAUAUGAUUCUGCAAUUGAAUUUUCGACUCUAAAACCAGGCGCAAGAUGAGGAGGUUGGUGAGCGGCCUGAGCUGAUGAUGAAUGUGGGUGGACAGAGCAGCCUGGCCUCUUCCCCUCUGUGCUGUUCUGCGGACUGACUCCUGCUGCCUCAGCGUCCUGGAGAACAAAGCUACAAUCUGAGGCUCUUACUGUGGUUGAAAUAACAAGCAAUUCUCAGACGAAUUAAAAGCAAAAACUGUUCAUUAUCAUUAUGUGAUAUCUGUUGGUGAUGCAAUUUAAUACCAGAUUUUUUUUUUACAUGGCACUGUAGCAGAUUAGCUUGUUGAAUCAGCAGUAAUCCUGUUGUCAGUGGUUUCAGACUGUACCAUGGUUUUUAAUUAUUAGCUUGCUGCUUUAAGAAUAGAACUUUUACACAAUUUUGCUAACCUGAAAUUUCAUUCCAGAAAAUAAAUAACACGAAAAGUGUGGCCUUUA